AUGCAGUCGUGGAAGACCCUCUCCGCCUCCCUCCCGUCGGUCGACCUCAGCGCCGCCAGCAAGAACUUCCGCAACACCGUCCAGGCGACUCGCGAGCGUUUCGGCAAUGUUGCUCCUGAGGCCAUCACUGAGCUCCCCAUCGAGUACAAGCAGCUCGAGGCUCGCGUCGACGCGCUCAAGGAUGUGCACCAGAAGAUGCUGAAGAUCACCAAGGUGUACGAGACCGAGACUUACGACUACCCCUCGGACAUUGCCGAGAACGUGUCGGAGCUCGGCCACCAGGCGCAGGCGGCGUGGGCGUCGUUUGCGAACAAGAACCUUAAGAACACGUCCCUCCCCGUCCCCAUUCCCGAGGAGAAGCAGCGCGAGCACGCCCCCAAGACGCUCCCGCACGCCCUUUCUCGUGCGGCUAAGAGCGGCGCGCAGGAGCUCGGCGCGGAGGACAAGCUUGGCGCGGCGCUCGCGACGUACGCGACUGCGAUGGACAAGGUAAGCGGGAGUCGAGCGGAGCGAGCGUGCGUCUCGCCAGAGACGCACCGAGACGCACCUUCGACAAGCUGUGUGGCCUGGACCAAAGCUAACACCCAGGUCGGCGACGCGCGCCUGGCGCAGGACUCGCUGAUCGCGGAGCGCUUCGUGACGCCCUGGCAGGCGACGCUGAGCACCUCGAUCGGGCUGGCGAUGAAGGCGCGCGCGAACGUGAAGACGGCGCGCCUCGAGCUCGACAGCGCGCGCGCCGCGCUCAAGUCGGCCACCCCCGCCAAGCAGGAGCAGGCCCGCCUCCACGUCGAGGAGGCAGAGGACAAGCUCGUCCAGGGCACUGAGACCGCUAUUGGGCUCAUGAAGGCGGUGCUGGAGAACCUAACGCCCCAGCCCGAACCGCUGCAGAACCUCGCCGCGCUCGUCAAGGCGCAGCUCAUCUUCUUCUCGACGGCGGCCGAGACGCUCUCGGGCAUCGAGGGCGCGAUCGAGGAGGCCGCCACGGCCGCCGAGGGCGAGUACCGUACCUCGCGCGGAGCCUAA